UUCUCUCCCUCCUUCUUCACCCCCGGCCAUCGUUCUUCCAACACGUCAAACUCCCUUUUGAAAUUGCCUCGUUCCGUUGUCCACCAUAGCCACUCGCUUGAGCACACCGCCCGCCAUGUCGGACGAGAAGAUCAUCGCCGCUUCGCAGAAGCACCCCAUCGUGCCGAACCACACCUUCAAGUAUGGCACUGCGGGGUUCCGGAUGAAGGCUGAUCUCCUCGACGGUGUUACUUUCCGUGUCGGUCUGCUCGCCGGCCUGCGCAGUCGCAAGCUCAAUGGCCAGGCCAUUGGCGUCAUGAUCACGGCUAGCCACAAUCCCGCUGCCGAUAAUGGUGUCAAGGUUGUUGACCCCAUGGGCGACAUGCUCGAGCAGGAGUGGGAGUCGUAUGCUACUAAGCUCGUCAACAGCUCCUCGGACCAAGAGCUAGUCGAUAACUACAAGGCCCUGGCCUCCCAGCUCCGCAUCAACCUGUCCGACCCUGCUCGCGUCGUUUACGGUCGAGACACACGUCCUUCGGGUCACAAGCUUGUCGCUGCCCUAGCCGAUUCCUUUGAGGCUACCGGCGUUGAGUACACCGACUACAAGAUUCUCACCACUCCCCAGCUCCACUACCUCACCCGAUGCGUCAACACCGAGGGCACACCACAGUCGUAUGGCAAGGUCAGCGAGACUGGCUACUACGAGAAGUUUGCCGACGCUUUCGUCAAGGCCCUCAAGGGCCGCAAGGUCGACGGGCAAUUGACCAUUGACUGCUCCAACGGCGUUGGUGGCCCCAAGUUGACCGAGUUCCUGAAGCACGUCCCCAAGGAUGUCACUGGCUUUGACGUCAAGGUCGUCAACGACGAUGUUCUCCGCCCCGAGGUCCUCAACCUCGACUGCGGUGCAGACUUCGUCAAGACCAAGCAGCGUGCCCCUGCUUCUCCCAAGCCCGUUCCCGGCGCUCGCUACUGCUCCUUUGACGGUGACGCCGAUCGCCUGAUCUACUACUACACCGAUCCGGACACCGGCUUCUUCAUGCUCGACGGCGACCGGAUAUCCACCUUGGCCGCCUCCUUUAUUGGCGAUCUGGUCCGCUCCGCCGGCCUAGAGAAGGACUUGCGCACUGGUGUCGUCCAGACCGCUUAUGCCAACGGUGCUAGCACCAACUACAUUGAGAAGCAUCUCGGAUUGCCCGUCGUUUGCACGCCCACCGGCGUCAAGCACUUGCACCAUGCUGCUCUCAAAUUCGACAUCGGGCCCUACUUCGAGGCCAACGGCCACGGCACUGUCAUCUUCAGCCAAGACGCCAUGCGUGCUUUCAGCGAGACAAAGCCCCAGUCCCCCGCACAGAAGGAUGCCCUCGAGACCCUCGCCGCCGUUGGCAACCUUAUCAACCAGACAGUUGGCGAUGCGCUCUCGGAUAUGUUGAUGGUGGAGGUGAUUCUCGCUCACAAGGGCUGGACUCUCAAGGACUGGGCUUCAACCUACUCGGACCUUCCCAACCGACUGGUCCGUGUCGAGGUUGGCAACAAAGAUGCAUUCCAGACCACAGAUGCCGAGCGCCGCCUCAGCCAUCCUGCGGGAGCUCAGGACGAGAUUGAUCAGUGUGUUAGAAAGUACACCAGCGCUCGUUCCUUCGCUCGCGCCAGCGGCACCGAAAACGCCUGCCGUGUGUAUGCCGAAGCGGCCACCCGGUCCGAGGCUGAUGAGCUCGCCAACAAGGUUGCAGGCAUCGUGAAGCAGUACGGUGGACUGUAGGCAAGGCCACCUAACUGUCAAAGCAGCUACGAUGCACUGUUCAUGUAGAGGACAGUUGAUGAUUGGAUUACCUUUCCCCCAUUACUUGGACCAAAAUUACGGCGGAUUUCGUAAAAGCUAGAGCGGACUGGUUACGAGGUGGAAGCUGCCCAAAAAGAUGAAACGAACAGAAA